UCCCUUCAAACGUACUCUUUUGUGUAAAUUACGAAAACGUUUUGUCGUGUUUUGGGGUUAUAAAAGAAAGGGCUAUGUCAGAUGUUGAGGACGACAGUAGCCCCUACGAACAGGGCGAGCUGGCCCCCAGUCCUGAUACCAGAGAGCAGGAAGAUGAUCCUGACAGUCAGCUUUCCUUAUCUCCACAAUCCCGAGAGGCCAUAGAUGAUGAUGAAGAUGAAGAUGAAGAUGUUCAAACAAGCAAAGACAAAAUUGAAGAUGAGGAUGGCCUAGAUAUAAAGCCGCCACAGGUACAGGCUGGCCGAAAGGAACGGAAACACAAACAUAAAGAAGAACGCCGUCGUGACAAAGAUAGACAUGGUCAGACUCGAGACAAAAGUGAUAGACAGGCAAAUGCAAGAGAGAAGGAACGAUCUUCACGAAGUGGUCAUAGCUCCAACCGGGAGUCUCAAAGAUCCAAGAAACAGGAAGUAAGGGAACGAGACCCCAGGGACACGAGGGAUAACUAUCGAGAAUCUAAGGAAAAGGAACGAGAGCGUCGUGCCAAAGAGGAGGAAAAGAGGGAGAAAUCUCGUAUGGAGAGAGAACGACUAGAAAGACUAGAGAGAGAGAAGGAAAGAGAGAGGAGAAUAAGGGAAGCUAGGGAACGUAAAGAAAUGGAAAGAAGAAAACGCAGAGAGGAGGAACGAGAUAAAACAAGGACACAAGCCCUGUACCGACGUGACAGGGAGAAAGAGAAGAAACCAGUCAAACAGUCUCGGGCAAGGAGUCGAAGUUGGGAACGUCAAUUUGCUGGUGACCCACAAAGAGACAAAAAAUCCCGCCAUCGUAUAAAGUCCCCGGAACCAGAGCGAAUUCGGCCACGUGGCCCACACACGCCCGAGGAGGAAUACCCACAUGCUGCAGAGGAUACAGAAGAAGAGGGGGAGGAGGAGGAGGAGGAGGAGGAAGAGGAGGAAGAUCAUGUGACCUCAUCUCACGAGGGACAUGUUGAGGGGAGUGAUGCCCACAGCAGAGAGUCUGAGGUGUCGGUCGAGGAAGAGGACAGUGAAUCCGACUCCGAGUCAGGAAGCGGCAGUAACUCGAACAUUGAUAGUGAUGACGGCCACCAAAAAGACAGCGACAUGGAAGAAGAGCCACCUAAUCAGGAGGCAAUGAAAGAUAACUUAAGGUCAAUAUUUGAUGAAGAGUCAGAGCCUGAGAGUCCAGCAUCCUCAUUGCAUGAAUCCGACCACCAGGAUGAAAGGAUGUACCUACAGGACACGCCCCCACAAUCUCCUGUGGAGCUCGCCCCAGACCUUCCACCAUACCUCCCCGCAAUCCAGGGCUGUCGAAAUGUUGAGGAGUUUCACUGCCUCAAUCGCAUUGAAGAGGGAACUUAUGGUGUUGUUUACAGGGCACGCGAUAAAAAGACAGAUGAAAUUGUGGCAUUGAAGAGGCUGAAGAUGGAGAAAGAGAAGGAAGGCUUCCCCAUCACCAGUCUUAGAGAGAUCAACACGCUGCUGAAGGCUCAACACAUGAAUAUCGUCACAGUCAGGGAGAUUGUGGUCGGCAGUAACAUCGACAAGAUAUACCUGGUGAUGGAUUAUGUGGAACAUGACCUCAAAAGCCUGAUGGAGACCAUGAAGCAGCCGUUCCUAGUUGGUGAAGUGAAGACCCUUUUGAAGCAGCUGUUGAAUGGGGUGGAACAUCUUCAUGACAAUUGGAUAAUACAUCGGGACCUCAAGACCUCCAACCUUCUACUCAGUCACAAGGGUAUACUCAAGAUUGGGGACUUCGGACUCGCACGAGAGUAUGGAUCUCCUUUAAAACAGUACACACCUAUAGUGGUCACGUUAUGGUACCGAGCACCGGAACUUUUACUGGGGUGUAAGGAAUAUGCCACAGCAAUAGACAUGUGGUCAGUGGGUUGUAUAUUUGCCGAGUUCCUGAUGAUGAAAGCCCUUUGGCCAGGGAAAUCUGAGAUUGAUGAACUGAAUAGGAUAUUCAAGGACCUGGGAACACCUAACGAGAAAAUCUGGCCAGGUGUGGGUGAGUUACCUGGAAUGAAGAAAUGUACAUUCACAGAUUACCCCUACAACACAAUACGACAGAAGUUCGGCUCCUAUUUCACAGACAUGGGAUUCGACCUCCUUAACAGAUUCCUAACAUACAAUCCCGAAAAGCGUAUAACAGCAGAGGAGGCCACCAUACACUCAUACUUCAAAGAGUCCCCGCUUCCUGUCGACCCAUCUAUGUUCCCCACAUGGCCAGCCAAGAGUGAACAGCCACGCAAACAUCAGAACUCUCCGAAACCUCCGUCAGGUGGCAACGCAUACAAUAAACUCAUGGCUGACGAAGAUGUAGAAAAAGUAAUUGCAUCUCGAGGAUUUCACCUGACUAACGCAGCUAAAGGAGCGUCUGCUGUAGGGAUGGGCUUCAGCUUAAAGUUUUAGUGGCGAACUAGAAAAUACUUCAUCCUUUCAGUGACAAUACUCACCUGUCUGAUAUAUUGUCCUUCUGAUAACGCUUCACCGAAAUGUGUGACCUUGUCCGCAGCACUAGGAAGAUUUUAAUUUCUAGACGUACAAAUGUAUUGAACAUUAUACACCAUGCUUUGAUCACAAACAGAUUUGGGUGUAAUUCUUAUCUCGUCAGUCAGACAAGGGUAUCAAUAUUUUUGACGGUGCUAGAAAGUUCUAUCGUGCCCAAGGUUCUGGCCAAGGACAAAAUCAGAUGAUUAAAUCACAGUGUGAAAGCUUCAUUUUAAAGCUGAUCUUAACUCAUUCACCCCUAAAGACACAUUUGGACUCUUCCAAUUCAAAGGUUGGAAUAGUUCAUUAUGAAAUUUCACGGGUGAACAAGUUAAAAAAAUGAAAGACAAGAAAAUAAAUUUACUCAUUUGAGAUAUAGACAGAGAAAUCUCUUUUCUCAGGAUGAUAUUUUUGAGUGUUUAAAACUCAAAAGAAGCCUUGUGGAGGAAAACAAAAAACAUUACUCUCUGGUCUACAUUUCUGUAUGCUCACUACACAAGAGUGUUAGAUUCUAUUUAUCUUUACUGAAGAUGACAGUCUGUAACAACAAAUGCAGGACCAAGUCUAAUCAAAUCGUACAAAAUGAGAAUGAGGCUAGCUCAUUAUGUAACAUUUUAUACAGGCAUGUAUUGUUUGCACAUAUUACUCUCAACAGUUUGAUCUGAUUUGAAAGGAUGAAAAUUUACUGGCAAGAAAGUGACUUAGCACUGUUUUAGUAUUCACAAGGUUGGUUCCAAAAUCUCAUCAAAGGAAGUUUGAAAAAUGGAAAAAGUGUGACUGAUCAUGAGUAUGUUCGUAAAGUAAUACAAAAGAAAUAUAACAUUAGUGUGAGAAUGAUGUGUUAUAGAAUAUCUAGCGUGUAAGCGAUCAUCAAAUAGUUCAUUUAUUACAAAAAAUGUCUGUGCAUUUUACAAGAGUUAUCUACCUUGCAUUAAGAUGUUGGUGCCUGGUAUCACCGUUCAACAACCAUUGCUCAUGUUAUUUUUGAUGGAAAAGGAAUAAUCAGAGAUUUAUCUCUUGAAGGAUUUAAGAAGUUUAAAUGCAGCAAAACCUGUCUAAUCUGAACAUUUUAAAUUUUGUUUUGUAUGGAUGGAUAUCCUAGAAUCCCAAGUUAAUCUUUAAUGGUUAUUAACUCAUUCACCCCUGAAGACACAUUUGGACUCUUCCAAUUCAAAGGUUAGAAUAGUUCAUUAUGAAAUUUCAGGGGUGAACGAGUUGAUGGAAGAGCUAAGGCUAGGUUUUGAAAAAAACCAUUCAUCAAUUUAAUUCCUUUCCCAUUGGAAAGUAUUGCUGAAGUUACCAGGCAAGGAAAAAUUGCAAAGAUAAUUAUUUUUAUACCCCCUGCAAAUGAAGUUUGGGGCUGCCACAAAUUUGUUGCCUAUUUUUCCUGGGGUAAUGGCACUUGAAACUGUAAUUUCUUCUCCAGAAACCUUGUCAAUGCAACUUCUUUGUUUAAUUCAUUUGUUUAAAAGAGUGUGAAAUUGUUUUUAUUAAGCAUCUGUUAGAAAAAAAAUAGAUAAUGGAAUUGUCUUCUGAUAGAAGUAAAAUGAACGUUACAAGAUACUGUGGCUGGGCUACACAGAGUUAAAAAAAAAUAGCUAAAACGUUUAGCAGGAAGACAAAUAAUCUUGAAGAAAGAAGUCCCAAUUUAUUCAGGUUUCUAUAUUGCUGUCUUGAGGAAUUAGGUUAGGCAAGAUGCGCUACAUUUCUCUUAAAAUCUUUUGACCGAAGAAGAGGAAAUCAAAAUUCAUAUAUUACUGAAAGUUUUUUACAAGUUAUAUGCCAGACAAGAAUGUGAGUGGCGAGAACAUUUUUUUUGUGUAAAUGUCAAUCAUGUAUAAUUAAUACUGAAAAAUAAAAAACAAUGGACAAAGAAA